GCGAGUGCGGUGUGCGCGUGACCUGCUGACCUCCCUGAGGCCCGGCGGCCACCAAACACGAGUGUCGCGUGUGGCGUGUGCUGGCUCCCGGCGGGACGGGACGGACGGACGGCGCGCCGACUGACAGUCGGCGACCAACGGGCGUCGGCAGCGCACCGCCUCUGGGGACCGCGGCCGACAGCUGCCCUUCCCAUCGCUCAGUCGCUCAUCAGCCGCAGCCGCUCGGCCCGCUAGAAUUGAUCAAACUUAAGUCGGAGUUUGAGGCUCUCCAGCGAGCGGGCCGCGUGCGCAUCACUACGCUUCGUCGAGAACGAGCGCUGAUUGGCUGACGUCGGCACGCAGUUGACCCGACAUGACCGGCGUCACUGCCGGCAGCGGCAGCAGUGGCCGCGCGGCCAGUGAGCACGCUGGCAGCCCGGUCGGCGGCCAGACUCGAGCCCAGACUGCCGAACGUCAGAAGCAUACAGUCGUCGGGAAGCAGCAGUCGGCGUCUCGGCGAGACCCGCCACAAAAGCGGCAACAAUCGCCGACGCCGACCGGGAGUGAGUCUCGGCGCGGGCUGUCGGCCAUCAGGGAGCGGCCCGACUCGGCCGCUCAGCCGGACGCCGCUGCUCUGCCGGCCGACGGAGACGGAGCAGAGAGCUCCCCGCGCGACUCCGGCAACCACAGUCUGGCCGGAGAGGAGCCGGCCGACCUGCCAGAGUCCUCCGACUGCGCGCCCUCCGACGGCCAGCAGCCCUGCCGCGGCAAGGAGACGGGGCCGAGUCAGCGGGAGCACACCGAGGCAGAGCAGAGUCAGCGGGAGCACACCGAGGCAGAGCAGAGUCACCGGGAGCACAGCGAGGCAGAGCAGAGUCACCGGGAGCACACCGAGGCAGAGCAGAGUCACCGGGAGCACAGCAAGGCAGAGCAGAGUCACCGGGAGCACAGCAAGGCAGAGCACAGCGGCUCUGAGCGGAGCCACAGAGUACCCGAGCAGUCUCAGCACCCACAGACAGCCGCUGGCAUAGAGCUUCGUGACUCAGAGCACGGCGAAAGCUGCAUCGAGCACCUAGAACAAACAGAAUUCAAAGCACAUUUCAAAGACGAACAACAGAAGAGACCAGAUCAUCGGUCAGCACACAAAACAUCAAAGCCAGGGAGCAGAGCAUCCUCAAAACAGGGACAACGAGCUACAUCAAAACCAACAUCGCGAUCAUCAUCGAAGCAAAGUCAAAGGACACUGCCAAAGGAAGAUAACAGAACGUCUUCAAAGCAAAGUCGUAGGGCAUCGUCGAAGGAAGACCUUCAAAGGAAAGAGACCAGGCCCUCUUCGAAGCAGUCUGAAGUGUUAUCGCAGGGGGCGGAACAUCACUCCUCAAACAGAGAUCGACAGCCGUUCUACUGUGCACAAGAGCAGUUCAGCGACUCCGGCUCUGGGGACAGGCGGCCGCUCACAGAGCCGGAUCCAGACCAGGCUGAAGACCGCGGGCCGUCGGUGCCGGACGCGGGCGCCACGGCCCUGUCGGGUGACAUGGAGGUGCUGCGCGCGGCCGAGACUAUAGCGCUGGAGAGCCGAUCCGAGGCGGACCGCUCGCGCUCCAUGUCGCUCGAGCAAGUCAUUAUCGAGAAGUACCACGAGGAGUCGGAUGCGGAGGACAGCACGAGCCCGUACCGCAGCGCCGUAGAGGUGCCAGCUCUGCUGACGGAUCUGGAGGAGCCGCAGCGCGCCUCCGACAGGCGCGCGGCACACAGCCAGCCCACACCAGCGCCGGCAGACACCAACAACCAGAAGCGCGCAUUUCCAGCGCCGCAAAUAAACCAUCCGAAGCCGAGGGAGAACGGCCAAAGUAAUGAAGGUUACGCCUCUUCCAAUGCCAUCCAGCACGGCCCACUACGGGCCGAGUCUAGAAAGACGACGGUCAAAGGCCAGCAGAACCGGAAGCCUUCUCAGCUACGGCGCUCCAGGCCAGUCGCUCGCAGUCACGAGGACCUGCGAGAGGAAUUGGAGAACGGCGGCAGCGGCAAACCGGCCACUCUGCGCCUCCCGGAGGACACGGGCACCCUGCAGAAGAGCGCUUCGCUCGUGAACCUGCCGCGCAACCCGUCAGCCCUGAUGGCCGAGCUGCACGUGUAUCUGGUGCCGCGGGACAAGUGGUCGGCACCCCGCCGGCUGGCCGAGAGGACCUCCAAACAGGACACCAUCUCGCUGGGCUUCGUACGGAUACAUCCGGACUCCAAUCUGAGCCUGCUGCGUCGCGACAUAUCUGCACAGCUGCUAGGCAACGAGCUCGCGCUUCGACACUACAAGUUCGUUCGACCAGUCGGAAAGCACUUCACACAGGUGAAGGCGAAGCAGGAGUCGCAGCUGAAGGCGCGCAACUUCAUGCCGCCGUACACGUCGGACCCGGAGAUCCACCUGCUGCGCCUGCUACCGCACGAUCCACUGGACGAGCUGGAGGACGCCGCCUACUGGCGCCGCUGGCACCGCGCGCUGCAGCUCCACCGCGACUACCCGCUGGUCAGAAACACCUUUCAUAAUCUGCGCAAGAAGCUGGCGGCCGUGAAGCAGAGAAGGGUGGACAGUGAGCAGAAGCGAGAUGAGCUCGUCGUGCUAUCGAGGACUUUGCAAGAACAGCUCAGCAUUAAGAAAGACGAG